AUGUCGGUGCAUCCUGCUGUUCAGUUGCUGUGUGAGCAGUCCGUCGACGCGAUCGGGCUGACAACUGUCUCGGCAGUUGCCUCCGCCCUCGGAGACGUGUCAACCGCCACUGAUCUUAUUCAGCGGCCCGAGCAGGAGAAGGCGCUCCAGGAUGUGCUGAAGAAGUGCGUGCUGAUCUUGAAUAAUGACGCCAAGAACUUUGCGCUGCGACUGGCGUGCCUGGAGUGCCUGUACGCACUCUCUCAACCCGCCAUCCCGGCGUUCCGGAAGGGGUUGCUGUGCAACACAGUGAACAGUAUGAACAGCAGCGUGGAGGAGUUGCUGACACGGACGGGGCCAAACGGCGCCGAGAACCUCUCCUCUGCACGUGAAAUGUUCAUGGUGCUGAUCUUCCGCUUCACCAACUACCACACAAAGGUAACUCGGCUGCUGUUACAGCACAUGUGCGACGCCGACGUCGGCGCGAUGGUGCAGAUGCUACUCCGUAUCAUGGUGCAUCAUUGUGAGACGUGUGAAUGGCCGCUGCUGCAGGCGGCGUUGCAGUCUCUCUACGAACUAACGGUGCCGACCACUUACUACACCACCGGAGAGGACAUGGCCGCAGAGCCGAGUCGAAGCUCUGGCGCAACAACGACUGGUAGCUCGCUGCAGAGCUUCACAGUGGAGAGCUUCCAAGACAAAAUUGUGGUGCUGCUCACCGAGAUGCGCGACCAUCGACUGCUGGAGCAGCUGCUGGGGUCACUGCGCUCGUCGUGGCACGAGUCCACCUACCACCGCAGCCCGCCGUCGCUUGCGCAGGGAUACGCGGAGUCGGUCGCGCUUGGCGCCCUUGGCCGCCCUGACGUGGCGCACACCGUCACCAGCGCCAGCGCGGAGCAGCAGAUGGAGCUGCUCAACUGGCUCUCUGCCUUUACGCUGCUAUGCCGGGCACUAGAAAACAUGGUCGAGUUCUGCAGGGAUGUAAAGCUCUUUAGGGAGGUGCGGGCCCGGUUGCUGGGCGACCCCAGCUGCCAUGACUGGCUUGCGUCCGCGGCUGUGCCGGCUGUCAUUGCAGCCAUACAGGUAUGGACGUCUGAAGUCGGCGCAAGCGCCCCGUCCGCAGCGGUCAACGACGGCAGCGCAGGGCCCUUCGCGACGGCCAAUACUAGGUUAAUCUUGCUAACGUCAGCCGUCACUCUCCUGCGCCUGCUGCGAUGUGCCCUGUACAAGCCAGUCGUGGGCGUCACCCCGGCACUCCUCUCCUCGAUGGCGUACCUCGCAGCGCAGGUGCAGCGCGGGGAGCCGCAGCUCCGUCUGCAGUACGGCGGCAUGCAGGUGAUGGUGUUGACGGCCGAGUGCCUUAUGAAUAUGAACGCGGCGGCAGUGACCAGCCCGGUGAAUCUCGCAGAGAUGUAUCAUAGGCUCCUGAGCACCAUUGCAGCGGACAAGACCCGUUGUACUUUGUCGAACACCUACAGCGACGCCGGCAGCGGCCUCCGGGCGGCCGCGGCGCCACAGGCAGAUGCGCUGAUGUCCGUCGCUGAAUGGUUCAUCUUGUGCGUGCGCGAGGAGGAGUCCCCGUUCUGUGAGACCGACAGCAAGAAUACCUCCAGAGCGGUGCUGCACGAGUGCUUUGCAUCGGUGGAGACGAAGCUGCAAGACACGGCAGAGCGCAUCGCCGAUCUUGUCGCGCUGGAGUCACAGCUGGAGAUGAUGCAGAACCUCUUGCUGCUCAUGACACUGACGGAGCUGCUGAGUGGGCUGCGCGAUGGCGGGCUGGAGCAGCUGACGCGACCUGGUCCGCCCGGCCGCAACACUGCUACAGGCGCGCAGCCGAAGCCGCCGAUCAAAAGUGGCGGCCUGCCAAAGAGGAGCAAAUCUGGCAAGAUGAAAGCGUCGCACCACCCCGCGGCGUACGUGUGUGACUUGACGGGGAAGCUGAUGCGCGAGCCGGUGGUGCUCAGAGGUGGACACCGAUUUGAGUAUGACGCGCUACAGAACGUUAUUCUUCAGGUUGGGCAUGUCGACCCCAUUUCUGGCGAGUCCAUCGAUGAGGACGUUGAGGUGGACAUCCCACUGCAGCAGGAGAUUGUUGCCUAUCGCGUCAAGCGCGCAUCCAAGAGGGGAAGCAGCUAA